CCACCCCUCCUAGUUGUCAUAGUGAUGCCAUAUCCACUGAGACUCCGGAUCCUAACAGCUGGAAGCUAAAAACAGCCGCCAUGGAGUACACAGGGAGCAAAUAUAUCGGGGAAUAUGUAGAUGGGAGGAUGGAGGGCAAAGCCAAGUACAUCCUCCCUACUGAAACAGUAUAUGUUGGGGAAAUGAAGGACGGCAUGUUUCAUGGUGAAGGAACCCUGUACUACCCCAACGGGAGCCAAUACGAUGCUGUUUGGGAAAACGGAUUGGCCAUAAAGGGCACAUACACCUUCGCAGAUGGGCUGCACUAUGAUGAGAAGAACUGGCAUUACUGCGAUGGCUAUGAUCGGAGGUUUUUCACAGAGAUUCGCAAUGGCUUGAAGCCCGCAGGUAUGGCUCAACUCACCAAUAUGGACCCACCUAGAAAAGUCCCCAAAGGCUGGUAUGAUUGUGGAGACGGCUUCUAUAACCCGGUCACGAGGGUAAUCAAGGACUAUAGGAACCGCUUUCUGAGAAACGCAGGGACCUCUCUCCGCUGCAUUCCAAUCUGCCCCCACAAACAGUGCUUCCUGUUGGCAUCCUGAAGGCGCAGGCUGCUGGGCCUCCGGACCUGAGAUGGGUGACUGAGGCCAUCCCAGAGUAAACACAAGGGCCUCAGCCACUGCUAUUAUGAAGCACAUGCCACCUGGGUGGGUCAGAGCUGGAAUGCUUAUUGUACAGCAGGUCACGGGCUGGGCCACCGGAAGAAGAGUCACCUUUGCUGUGAGAUUUUAAAUCCAUCCUUCCAUGUAUCAAAAUUUUUUGAAGCCAGGCUUUGGGGUUCAGGGCAGGCAACAUAGUCUAACAAUAGCUCUCAAACCUUUGAUCCACAGUAAGGAAUGUUUUACAUCAUGAUCCAGAACAUACACACGUGCAUACGUGAUGUAUUUUGUACAUGCAACAUUCUAUGAUAUUUUCAUUUCUUUUUUUUUUUUUUUUGAGAUGGAG